UUUGCUAUAUUUAGAUCGAGAAACUGCCUUUGCUUGCUGCGUCUUCUUCCCCCGAGACUUGCUCUCGCCCUCUCUCUCGCUCUCUUUCUCUCUCUUUCUUUCUUUUCAGCACCAUAUACUCUCUCUCUUCCUCUCUGUUCCUCGAUCAUGUCGUCGCAGGAGAAGGGUCGGCCACUGCCCAAGUUUGGGGAGUGGGAUGUCAACAAUCCUGCUUCGGCUGAAGGAUUCACUGUCAUAUUCAACAAAGCUCGAGACGAGAAGAAGACAAGUAGUAGUAGCUCUGCUGCUCCAGCUUCACCAAGAAGAAAUGAUGUAGGUGGUCUGAAACCAGAAGUCACCUACCAAUAUCCAAGAAAAAGUAGCAAGUGGUUUUGCUGUGUGUAAGUGCUGCUGCCAGAGCACCGAGGGACAAGUUGUCAUCG